AUGGCGACGGGGGCAGAGGGCAUUGGCGCAGGAGGCAACGCUUUCAUCACGUCCCUAAAUCCCGCCGCCCUUCACGCUUACGUGUGCGCCAUGGAGAGCGGCAUGAUCGGCAAUAUCUGGUCACCCACAGCCGUCGGAUCUUCCAAUGUUCUAUCCCCAUCCGCUGCUCUCGUGACGCAGCCGAACCGCAGUAACCCUAACAUUCACAGACCCGCUACUAAUGCGCCAUGCGGCAACAAUGCUGAUAACUCGAAAUCGAAGAGGAGUCGCGCUCUCGUGCGACGCUGCGACUCCGCGUCGGCUGCGGAAGUGUCGCAUGUGGACGUCGGCGUCCCAGAGCCUGGAGCCGCGCCGCCGUCCCUCGGCACGGCCGGCAGGACGAACAGCGAGGCGCCUCGAAUCGUGACGCGGUCGCAGAUCUCCCCGCCGCCGGCCCUGGGUACAACCGCUGCCGCCGGCGCCGGCAAGAGCAGGACGACGGCUCGGUCGCACAACCGGACGCGCUCCGUCAGCUGCAUUCAGAGCAGCGGGCUCCAGUUCCACUUCCCCUUGUCGUUCGCGCAAGGCGCGCAAGUCGGCGCACAUGGCGGAGCGGAAGGACGCGCAAAAGAGGCGAUUACUUCUCCGCCAACUGGCUCUGCGCUCUCCGGCGCCGCAAACGACGGGAAGGUGAAACUCACCCGCGCUCUCACCGAGCGUAACGGCACGAGUGCCGGGAGUGGCGCGGGGAGUGGCGCGGGGAGCGGCGCAGGGAGUGGCGCGGGGAGUGGCGCGGAGAGUGGCGCGGCGGGGUCGCGGCGGGAGUUCACUCGCAGCCGAACCGCCUCAGAGCGAGUGGGUGACUUCGACACUCCUCUCUCUCCGCGAGCAACCACCCGCACCCGCAGCCGCAGCCCGAUAAGCUUCGCGGCUUCCCCCGAAACGCAGCGCCCUCCACCUCUCGCCGCCCGCUCGAAACCGGAUCCUGCGGCGGCCCCGCCAGCGCCCUCUUCCGCAGCUCGCCGUUUCCCCGAUCUGUACCCAGAUUGCGGCGAUACCGAUGGUAGCGCGCGCGACCCGUUCCGCAAGAGCGACUCGGAUGCCUCCGUCGAUGACCUAUACCCCAGCUCAGGCGCUGUCUUUCCGCGAUUUGCCUCCAUCGGCGACGUUUCAAGCGCCGAGGACUCGGACACUGUCGGUGACUAUAACGCAAAUGGUUACGCAAAGGCCAAGAAAAACUUGCAUCCGGCGUUAUCCCGUCGCUCCCGCUCUGCGGGCUCUCAGUCAGCCGCCGCAUUGGCCGCUAGCAUGGGGGUCGAUCGCGGGGGAGAGGUGUCGGGCGGAAUCGCCGGAUCGCGCACGGGACCGUCUGUGGUGCAGCUCGCGCCGCGGAUGGGCUUUGUGGAUUGGGCAGGAAUCGGUAGCCCGAAAACCGGCGGAACCGGUACCAGCUUCGGCGCCAGUAGCGGCGGCGCCAGCGUUGGCGGCAGCAGCGGCGGCGGCGGCGGCAGUGGCGCGAGCAAGCUGAGGUUACAACCGUUGGACAGCAGCAAGUCGCCCUCUUCCGCCAGUCCAUCCCCGCGCUUCCCCGUAGCCAUUCCCUCCCCUUCCGCCGCCUCUCCGCUACCCGCGGGACCAAUGCCUGGCUCGCGGAGCCUCCCCCCUGCCGCUUUCCCAUAUUCUGCUGGUGCGCCCCCGCUCUCCCCGCUUGGCCGCGCCGGCACUGCCGUAGUUCCCCGCCCAACCCACCGCCGCGCCAUAAGCGCCGCGCAGUUGUCCCCGCGUGUGCCUUCCCCGUCUGCGCGCCUAGUGCGUCCGCCGAGCUCGCCUUCUGUCGCGGGGAAGGCGCCAGGUGCAGCAGCGCCCGUUAACGCCGCCGCCGCCGCAGGGGGAACCAGUCGCUCCGCGUCUGCAUCCGCGUCCGUGCCAGCGGUCGCACGCUCUUCUCCCCGUGCGCGCAUCGUGCAAUCAGCAACGGCGCCUUCUUCUGCGGCACGCGAAGCUACGGCGGAGGAUGGUGUCGCAUAUGCGGAGAGUACCUGCGCAACUGCGAAUCGCGCGGGGAAGCCAACGCCGAUGCUGAAGCCAGUGCCGCGGAGCAUGAGCGCAGAACCCGCGCUUGCGCUUCCCGUGCUUGCGCAUCCCCUGGGACAGGAGGGGCAGGGGGCGCAGGCAAAGCAGCAUCAUGUGGGGCAGCAGCAGCAGCAGCAGCAACAGCAGCAGCAGCAGCAGCAGCAGCAGCAGCAGCAGCAGCAGCAGCAGCAGCAGCAGCAGCACUUGCAAGGCAGCAGUCGCGAGCAUGUGGGGAACUACCGCCGCGCGGCCCCCUCGCCUCUCGCGGUUGUGCUUAUAGACGGAGUCCCCAUGCCCCUCCGCAGCGCCCUCAAGAGCCCCAGCAUCGACAUCGGCCUUGGGAAUACCGGGGUAAACCUUGGGAAUACCGUGGGAAGGAGCUCUAGUGUUAGCCCUAUUUUCCGCCAUGCGUCGCCGCUGGUAGCGAAAGGGGGAGGCGGGGGGAGCAGUGGGGAGAAAGAGGGGAGCGAAGGGAAGGCGGGGAAUGAGGGGAAGGAGGGGAAGGGAGGGAGGGUACUGCACCCCCAGGCGCAGAAUAGUCCGAGGAGGGUGAGCUUUAGUGGGUUUGGAGGGGCCAGGGAUGGAGGGGCACGUUUGGAGGGGCAGGUUUGGAGGGCCAGGGUUGGAGGCUCAGGAGUGAUAUAUCUGCCAUGCAGUGAGAGGUGA